CCCCGCCCCGCGCCGGCCCCGCUCCCUGGGCGGAGACCCGCACCUCGCUGACCCCCCCGGCACCCGCAGCGCCCCGGCCCGCCGGUGAUGGCCGAGCCCGGCCCGGCGGUGCGGAGGAAGAGCCGCGCCGGCUCCGCCCGCAAGCGGAGCCGAGCCCCGGUGCCGCCGAGCGCCGUCUGCUCGCCGGUGCCUCGCAGGAGGCAGAGCUGUGGUAGCGAGGGAGCCCCGCCGGAGCGCGCGUGUAGCAACGAUAGUGAAGAAGAUAUGUUUGGUGACUAUGACAGCUUCUUUGGAAAUGACUCUUUGCUAGCAGAAGUUGAUGAUAUGGAGCACAAAUGCCUGCAGAAUAAAAACAUGGAUAUUGAAGCCGCUGGAGUCACCACACUUGGGAAUCUUCAGUCAGAAAUUCACCAGGAAAAACAAGACAGUUUUUCUACUUCAGAAAAUAUGGUCGUCCUUAAAACUGAUGAAGAGGAUGCUUUCCAGAUCAAUGAAAAUGACCCCAUGGACAGCAAUCAAGCUCUGACUGAAACUCUAUUAGAUGACUUGCCAUCAUCACAACUUUUGUAUUUUGAGAAAAUGGAUGAACUGUCUCGUGGUCCUAGAAUAUCUCCAGUCUCAGAGAGGAGGAAUAAAUGUAUAAGUUCUUCCUCAGAUGAAAUCAGGAGUCUGUCAUCUGUUUGUCCUGAUGGUGAACAAAAGAACAGACCUACCGACAUUUCCUCAGACUCCAAGUGUGGUUUAUUUAAAGCAGAGAGUCUUAAAGAUCAUCUGAAAAGUGCAAUGACUGGAAAUGCCAAAGCCCAGUUUCUGCAGGUCUCUAAGACCAAGCAGCUUAAAGAAGCUGUUUUAUCUGAAGAGAUUUGUGUUGCUAGGAAAACUAUUGAAUCUUCUUCUGUGGAUAUAGGCCCUUUUUAUGGAUUACCUAGCAAAGUUAAAGAUCUAUUAAGACAAUUUCGAGGGAUUGAAACACUUUACGAAUGGCAGCAUGAUUGCUUAAUGUUAGAAUCUCUACAGCAAAGAAAGAAUUUAAUAUACUCGUUGCCAACCAGUGGCGGAAAAACUCUUGUAGCUGAAAUAAUAAUUCUUCAAGAAUUACUCUGCAGGCAGAAAGAUGUUCUGAUGAUCCUGCCGUAUGUUGCCAUCGUUCAAGAAAAGGUUAGGGGUUUAUCGAGUUUUGGGAUAGAAUUGGGUUUCCUGAUUGAAGAAUAUGCAGGAAGUAAAGGAAGAUUUCCACCAAUCAAAAGGAGACUAAAAAAGUCUCUUUAUAUUGCUACUAUAGAAAAAGGACAUGCUCUAGUAAAUUCCUUAAUUGAAACAGAAAGAAUUGAUGACCUCGGUCUGGUUGUAGUAGAUGAGUUGCAUAUGCUUGGCGAGGGAAGCCGUGGAGCUACGCUGGAAAUUACACUUGCGAAAAUUCUUUACACUAGUAAAAACACACAAGUCAUUGGAAUGAGUGCAACUUUAAAUAAUGUCGGAGAGCUGCAGAAGUUCCUGCGAGCAGAGUACUAUACUAAUAAUUUUAGACCGGUAGAAUUAAAGGAAUACAUAAAGAUAAGAGACACCAUUUAUGCAGUUGACAACAAAGCAGAAAAAGGCUUUACUUUUUCACGCCUGCUUAAUUUCAAGUAUUCUAGUAAUCUGGAGAAAGCAGAUCCUGACCACAUCAUUGCGCUUGUUACUGAGGUUAUUCCUAAAUAUUCCUGCCUAAUCUUUUGUCCCACUAAAAAGAACUGUGAAAAUGUGGCUUCAAUGGUCUGCAAGUACCUCAAGACAGAAUUUAAAGCUCUCAGGCAGAAAGAGAAACAAGAUCUCAUCAAGAACCUAAAGAGUAUUGGAAACGGAAGUGUCUGUCCUGUUCUGAAGCAAACAAUCCCUUUUGGUGUUGCUUAUCACCAUAGUGGCCUUACAAAUGAUGAAAGAAAAAGUAUAGAGGAAGCAUAUUCUACAGGUGUCCUGUGUCUUCUUGCUUGCACAGCUACUUUAGCUGCUGGAGUCAACCUGCCAGCUAGAAGGGUUAUUUUAAGAGCUCCUUAUGUUGCUAAUGACUUCCUGAAGAAGAACCAGUAUAAACAAAUGAUUGGCAGAGCUGGUCGAGCUGGUAUUGACAAUGCUGGAGAAAGUAUUCUCAUAGUGCAAGAAAAAGACAAACACUUGGUUCAGGAUUUAGUUAACAGUCCUUUGGAGAACUGUUACAGCAAUCUUCUCCUGGAGUUGACCAAGGGAAUGCAGAGUCUGUUGUUAUCUUUGGUUGGACUGAAGAUAGCAGUUACCCAUGAGGAAGUCAACAAUUUUAUGUGCAGUACAUUGCUGGGUGUUCAGCAGCAGCUGCUGUCUAAAGAGAAGAGCCUCUCAGAUAUAAUUAAAGAUGGGCUAGAAAACCUAAUAGAAAAAGGACUUCUGAAAGGAAGAAUAUUUGAGAAGGACCACAAUUCCAAAUGUACUUUAACGAUCACACCAUUGGGUAAAGCUACAUAUAAAGGGUCUAUAGACUUGGCAUACUGCAAUCUUCUUUACAGAGAACUGAAGAAAGGUUUGGCAGGGCUGAUUCUUGAGAGCAAUCUCCAUCUUCUGUAUCUGGCAACUCCAUAUGAUAUGACUUCUAGCUGCAAUCCAGAUUGGAUGAUAUACUUGAGACAGUUCAACCAGCUAAGUGCAGCAGAGCAAAAAGUAGCAGAUAUUGUGGGAGUACCUGAAAGCUUUAUUACAAAAAAGGCUUCUGGUCAAGCCAUCAGAAAGAACGUGGACAGUGCUGUGGUAAACAGACUCUACCUGACGUUUGUCCUUUACACUCUCCUGAAGGAGACGAAUAUAUGGAGCGUUUCCGAGAAAUUUAAUAUGUCCCGAGGAUACGUGCAAAAUCUCCUCAAUUCUGCUGCCUCAUUUGCCUCCUGUGUUCUACAUUUCUGUGAGGAAUUGGAAGAAUUUUGGGUUUAUAAAGCUUUGCUGACAGAACUUACCAAGCAGUUGACAUACUGUGUUAAGACAGAACUCAUUCCUCUGAUGGAAGUAGCAGGGGUUCUAGAGGCACGAGCAAAACAGCUUUAUAAUGCAGGAUACAAAACUUUAGCACACUUGGCUAAUGCAGAUCCAGAAAUUCUGGUCAAGAUGAUUGAGCACUUGUCAAGACGUCAAGCCAAACAAAUUGUUUCAUCUGCAAAGAUGCUGCUGAGUGAAAAAGCUGAGGCUUUACAAGAAGAAGUUGAAGAACUGUUAAGGGUGCCUACAGAUAUCCCAGGUACCUACUGACCAAUUGUCAUGAAGAAAAAUCAUGAAUCAAAAAACUGAGGUUUUUAAAUUUUUAACUUUCCUGUGUAAAGCUGCUGUAAUUAUAAUAAAUAUUUAUUAUGUCUUUUGUAUUCCUCAA